AGCUGGCAAUUUUAUGACGCGAAAAAUGAUCAGCCGUCAAGUAACAAACGUCUACGUCCUCAGAGCUUUGAACUUCAGGAAAUACUCUGUGAAACUCGAAAAAGAACCCCAGGACUAUGUGAACUUAGCCUACGCCAGUUAUGAAUUGACGGAUUCCAAGAAAAAAGCGCCACCACUCAUUAUACUCCAUGGUUUACUCGGAUCCAAGUCGAAUUGGGCGACGCUCUGUAAAAUAUACCAGGCGAAGACAAAUCCCAACAGGCAAAUAAUAGCCUUAGAUGCGAGAAACCACGGGGACAGUCCCCAUCAUCCCCGGCAUACCUACGAGGCCUUAAGCUCGGAUUUGAAGGCUUUCCUGAACAAUCUGGACAUCGGAAAGGCGAGCCUCUUAGGUCAUUCUAUGGGAGGCGGGACCGCCAUGUCGUUCUCGCUGAAACACCCCGAAAUCGUGGAAAAACUGGUGGUUUGCGAUUUUUCCCCAACCUCCAACAACUUGGGGGAUCUGAGGAGUUAUCUGGAAGCGAUGGAGAAGGUCAAGAUACCCAAGGGAAUAUCGAUGAGUGUGGCAAGAUCGACGGCGGAGUUUCAACUCCAACAAUUCGGGAUCAGACACAGAUCUAGGAGGAAAUUCUUGACCACGAAUCUUGUGAGGUCUGCUGACGGAUCCUACGGAUGGAGGGUGAAUAUACCAGCAUUGACGAUGAGCUGUAAGGACCUCUCCAGUAUAAGGCCGAAGAAGGGGCAGGUUUACCUAGGGCCUACGCUCUUCAUCGGAGGUACCAAUUCUGGUUAUUUGAAACCGAGGGAGUUUUCCAAAAUCAGGGACCUGUUUCCGAAUUCCGAAUUCAAGUUUAUCGAGGGGGCUGGGCACUGGGUUCAUUUCGAUAACAGGAAAGAGUUCGCAGCUAUAAGUUUGAAGUUUCUCAAUGAUAAUGCAUGAAGCGGUCGAUCAAUAAAUUCGUGAAACUUU